AUGGGCAAGAAUGUUUCAGGCAUAACGAAGCAGAGAAUUCCGACAAGCAGGUCGUUUCUCAGACAGAAAACGGCAGCAAUGAGGAUAAUUGCACGCUACAACGCGUUGCUCAACCAAAACGCCGUGUUACGUUUAGUAAUGAAGCAUAACGAAGCAGAGAAUUCCGACAAGCAGGUCGUUUCUCAGACAGAAAACGGCAGCAAUGAGGAUAAUUGCACGCUACAACGCGUUGCUCAACCAAAACGCCGUGUUACGUUUAGUAAUGAAGUCAGUGCAUGCCCGCCACCAGAAGGGCGCGAUUCAAAGAAAGCACUUACGGAUGAUCAGAAGAAGGAAAUUUCGAAAUUGGCGCUUGAAUUUUUUGCCCAAUUUGACAAUAAUCGUACGACAAAUUUGCUUGAAAAAGAGGUUGAAGAUUACGUUCUGGUUAACAAGAUGGAUGGAUUAUCGCUUAAUGCUGCUAGUGUUCCUCAGCGAUCGUCCGGUGAUGGUGGCACAUAUUUUGCAGCAAAACGGCGGCUUGAAAACAUUGGUGAAUUGUUCAGAUUCUCCAUUAAUUACACCGAUUUUCCAAAGGCGGAGAACAAAUCGGACAACCAGUGUUUUUCACUUGUCUCAAUCGGGAUUGAUAAGCCGAUUGUAAGUUUCUCAAAUUUUGUAUAA